UGUCUCUUGGAAGCCUUAGACACACACUCACACCAAACACAUUAACUCUGCUAAUGAAGUAGUGAGCAGCAGCACCUCCUGACCGCCAUUCCGCACCAAAAACUUUCCAUUUUCCUCUUCCCACUCUCUGGGACUUCCUUUUGAUUCUGCUGUGUGGAGGAGGAGGAGGAGUGUGUGUGUGGUGGUGGGAUUUACAGUCUCCUUUAACGCUUGCUGGGACCUAGGAAAAGAAGAGUUACACCAUGUACUGCAAGUGAAAAAGUCUCUGUGUGUGUUUCUUGCAGAAGUUGAGGCUUUUCUCUGCUGCUUCCAGAAGUGAAAGCUGUGCCUUUAAUACACGUUGAGUGAGGUACCCAAGGAUAGGAAACUGGCCUGAAGGGAAAAUCUGGGGGAGACUGGGUAUUUGGCUACAUUUGCCCCUGAAGCGUGGAUCACACUUCUUGUAAACCUCAUCAAAUUGAGGUGGGGCUAAGAUGAGCAUAACCAGUGACGAAGUGAAUUUCUUGGUGUAUCGCUAUCUCCAGGAGUCAGGUUUUUCCCAUUCGGCCUUUACAUUUGGUAUCGAAAGCCACAUUAGUCAGUCCAACAUCAAUGGAACACUAGUGCCACCUGCUGCCCUCAUCUCUAUUCUUCAGAAAGGCCUGCAGUAUGUGGAGGCUGAGAUCAGCAUCAAUGAAGAUGGUACAGUAUUUGAUGGCAGGCCCAUAGAGUCACUGUCUCUGAUCGACGCUGUGAUGCCUGAUGUGGUACAGACCAGGCAACAGGCGUUCAGAGAGAAACUAGCUCAGCAACAAGCCAGUGCGGCAGCGGCAGCAACGGCAGCAGCAGCAGCCGCAACAGCGACGACGGCAGCAACCACGACAGUUGUUUCCCAGCACAACACACCAAAGAAUGGAGAAGCCACUGUGAACGGAGAGGAGAAUGGGGCACAUGCAAUAAAUAAUCAUUCAAAGCCAAUGGAAAUCGACGGGGAUGUUGAAAUACCUCCUAACAAAGCAACAGUCCUUCGGGGCCAUGAAUCAGAGGUGUUCAUCUGUGCCUGGAACCCUGUCAGUGACCUACUAGCGUCUGGAUCUGGAGACUCAACUGCCAGAAUAUGGAAUCUCAAUGAAAAUAGCAACGGUGGUUCCACUCAGCUAGUUUUGAGGCACUGUAUAAGAGAAGGAGGACACGAUGUCCCCAGCAAUAAGGAUGUGACUUCAUUGGACUGGAAUAGUGAUGGAACGCUAUUGGCUACAGGAUCAUAUGAUGGUUUUGCAAGAAUAUGGACAGAAGAUGGUAACCUUGCAAGCACCUUAGGUCAACAUAAAGGUCCCAUAUUUGCUUUGAAGUGGAACAAAAAGGGGAAUUACAUUUUAAGUGCUGGUGUUGAUAAAACAACAAUAAUUUGGGAUGCUCACACAGGGGAAGCUAAGCAGCAGUUUCCUUUCCACUCAGCCCCUGCUCUGGAUGUAGACUGGCAGAACAACACUACUUUUGCCUCCUGCAGUACUGACAUGUGCAUUCACGUAUGCAGACUUGGCUGUGAUCGCCCAGUCAAAACCUUUCAAGGACACACAAAUGAAGUCAAUGCAAUUAAAUGGGACCCUUCUGGUAUGCUACUAGCAUCCUGCUCUGAUGAUAUGACAUUAAAGAUUUGGAGUAUGAAGCAAGAUACAUGUGUACAUGACCUUCAGGCUCACAGCAAAGAGAUUUAUACUAUCAAAUGGAGUCCUACAGGACCAGGCACCAGCAACCCAAACUCCAACAUCAUGUUAGCAAGUGCUUCAUUCGAUUCUACUGUUCGGCUGUGGGACGUUGAACGAGGAGUCUGCAUUCAUACAUUAACCAAACAUCAAGAACCUGUCUACAGUGUAGCUUUUAGUCCUGAUGGGAAAUACUUGGCCAGUGGGUCCUUUGACAAAUGUGUCCAUAUAUGGAAUACUCAGAGUGGAACUCUAGUACAUAGCUACAGAGGCACUGGAGGAAUCUUUGAAGUCUGUUGGAAUGCGAGAGGAGACAAAGUGGGAGCAAGUGCAUCAGACGGAUCGGUUUGUGUUCUAGAUCUGCGGAAGUAAAGGUGAAGUGUUUUAGAAGAAAUUUCAAAUGGACCAGCAGUGAAUGUGUGGGGAGAAGCACUCUUCAAAACUAUUCUUAACAGCUCCAGAACUGUACAAACUUGAAAAAAGUUAGUGUGUACAAUGAAACCAACUCUCCCUGGCCACAGAAGUCUAGUAUUUUGCCCGUAACCCUCAUCAAGGAGUAAAAACACAGUCACUUCAAAGGGGGAGAGGAUGGUUUUCACCUGGAAUAUUCAGCCUUGGAAGCAUGAAGCCACCAACUAGAGACUGCACUGUUUGGUUUGCAUCUGAGAACUUGCUUUGAUGGCUGAAAAAAAAAAAAGCUGUGCCAAAAAUAAUAAUAAAGAAACAAACUAAGCAAAAUGCUGUGAUAAACCAAAAGGGAAAAAAAAAUCCUCCUCCAUGUGGUGUUGUAUUUUUUUCCUUCCAAUUUGGACACUACAGUUGCUCUCCCAAAGGACAUUCAAAGACCAGUUUGUACUGAUGAAAUGCGCAACUUUGUAAUCACAACACUUUCUAUUUUCUAGACUA